AAGGGCGAAUUACUUAAUCCAUGUCGAUGUGAUGGGUCUGUAAGGUACACCCAUCAACUCUGCCUUCUAAAAUGGAUUAGUGAACGAGGAUCAUGGACCUGUGAACUAUGCUGCUACAGAUACCAAGUUAUAGCUAUUAAAAUGAAGAAACCUUGCCAGUGGCAGCGAAUUACAGUAACAUUGGUGGAAAAGGUUCAGAUGAUUGCUGUCAUACUUGGAUCUUUAUUCUUAGUGUCUAGUGUGACAUGGUUAUUAUGGUCCGCAUUUAGCCCUUAUGCAGUAUGGCAAAGAAGAGACAUCCUUUUCCAGAUCUGCUAUGGAAUGUAUGGUUUUAUGGAUCUAGUGUGUAUAGGUCUAAUUAUCCAUGAAGGAGCUGCUGUGUAUAAAGUUUUUAGGCGGUGGAGGGCUGUGAACUUGCACUGGGAUGUACUAAACUAUGACAAAGCAACAGACAUAGAAGAAAGCAGUCGUGCAGUGCCUUCAAGCAGUAGGACAUUAUGGUUGCCAUUGACUGCUUUCCGCUCCCGGACAUUGGUUCACCCAACACAGUUAAGCUCUCCCCGAUUGCAGUGUGGAUAUGUAUUGCUACAUUUGUUCAGUCGGAUGAGAACUCCUCCAGAAGAGUCCAUAGAGGACAGUAAUUCUGGUGAGGUUGUAAUGAGAGUGACUUCAGUAUGA